UGCCCCCGGCAGCACAGCCCUUGCCCCAGAGAUUGGGGGUACAGAGGAGUUCAGGGGACCCUGUGUCUCUGGAGCAGAACCCAGCAGGAGGCUGCUGGGAUGUGAAGUCCUCCAAUGGUGGUUGGGCCUCCCCAUCACGUGUUUUUACAACCCCUGCGAUCCUUGGAGUGAUUUUUUUUUCCUGUAAACCACAGAUUUUUUAAGAGUCCUUGCACCGCAGAGCUUUGCGGGGAGGAGCAGAGCCUCUGUUUCCAUUGCAAUGAAAAAAAAAAUAGCUCUGGGGAUUUAGGAAACUCCUUUCUGCACCUUCUUUGGGGCUGGAUGGGGGGGACAGCACCCCAGCCCUGCUGGCAGGUGGGAGCUGGGCCAGGUUGGGCACUCACUAGGGUGCUCCGGGGGACUAUGGGUGCUCUGAGGGUCCUGGGAGGCUCCAAGGGGCUUGGGCUGCUCUUUGGGGUGUGGAUGAUCUGAUGUGCUUGCGUUGCUCCAAGGACUCUGGGGUGCUCUAAGGAACUUAGGGUGCUCAGAGGAGCCUGGGAUGGUCUAAGGGGUGCAGGGUGCUCUGGGGUGUUUGGGAAGCUCCAAAAGGUUUAGGGUGCCUGGGAUGCUAAGGGCUCCAGGGCUUCCCAAAGGGCUCUGAGUGCUCUGAGGACCGCGGGAUGCUCCGAGAACCUCUGGGACGAUCUGAGGCCCCGGGAUGUUCCGAAGGUCCGGGGUGCUCCAUGGGCCCUGGGAUGUUCCGAAGGCCCCCGCGACGCUCCGGCCGCCCGCAGUGCUGAGAUGCAGAGCGCUCCCGCUGCCGGGGAGGGUGGGGGGUGGGGGGGUAAAGGGGAGGGGUCGUGCGAAAACACCGGGAAAAGCAGCCGGUGGGAGCCGGGGCGGGGCCGGACUCCCCCCGCCGCCCCCGCCCCCCCUUCCGCGCCGCUUCUUCCUCCCCCCUUUCCCCCCCCCGCUCUCGCGACAGCUCCGCGCAGAAAAUGGCCCCGCGGCCGCGCUGCCGCUGAUGCGCUCCGGGCGGCGCCGGCCCCGCAGCCCCGCAUCACUGGGAGAAGACGCUGUCGGCAGGACAAACCUCAUCCCGCACACACCAGCGGCCAGGCCAUGAAGACGGAGAAGGAUGAGGCUGUACCCACCUUCUCCCUGGGGGGUAAAUACAGCGGAGAGGGUGCAGGUUGCAGCGAAGCGGCUCUACCCAGUGGCCCGAUGCCGGUGGUGGGGAGCAGAGGGACCCCAGCCCAGGACCUGCGGCCACUGAAGCGCAGACCUGUCCCAGGGAAGCAUUACCAGUGCUCGAGCUACGGCUGCAAACUGGCCUUCCCCAGCAUGCAGGAGCUGAUGGACCACCUGAAGGUCCACUACAGACCCACGCAGUCCCUCGAGGGCAAAACCUUCCACUGUCCCACGCUGGGCUGCACGGAGACCUUCCCCAGCAUGCAGGACCUCAUGGCCCACAUGAAGGUGCACUACAAGCCCAACCGCUACUUCAAGUGUGAGAACUGCCUGCUGCGCUUCCGGACACACCGCUCACUCUUCAAGCACUUGCACGUCUGCUCCGACAGCGCCAGCAGCCCUGCGCCCCCCCCCAAAGCCGACAAGCCCAUCCCGCCUGCUACCUCUGCCCUGGAGAAGGAGCCCCCCACCAAGCCCCCUGAGGCGCUGCCCAAGCUCCUGAGCGUUAUCCGGCCCCCGGAGAAAGAAGCCAUUCUCCCCAGCAUGGACACUGCCCCGGCGGCCCCUGCCGCGCUCCCCACCAGCCUCCCCGAGCUGCCCAGCUCGCUGGAGGCCAUGCCGCUGGUGUCGCCGGCCCCGCAUUCCUUCCCGCUGCUGGAGCCCGGCCUUUUCGGGCCAUCGUCCUUGACUCGGUUCUCGGGGCCACCCCCUUCCUCGGUGCCGGGGCCAUUCCUGCCCUACGUGCACCCCUCGCCCUACGGCUUGCCCCAGCCCCUGGCGCAGCACCGCCUGCGGCCCUACAUGCCGGGCCACGGGCCCCCCGUCUCCAACGCCGUCUGGAAGAAAAGCCAAGGUGUGAGUGUCAGCCCACUCCUCCCAUGCUUUGGCUCAGGAGUGACCGCAGGACACUCGUCCAACAGCCGCAUCGUGUGGGAGCACACGCGGGGCCGCUACACCUGCAUGCAGUGCCCCUACUCCACGGCCUCGCGCGAGGAGAUGACGCUGCACAUUGAGGACCACCGCAAGAACCCCCCCGUGCCGCCCGCGCGCAUGGAUGCAGGGAUGGAUUUUGGGGUGGGCAUCACCUCCUUCCACACCAAGCUGCCGCCGGACAUGGAGAACUCCCUGUACUCCCAGCUCUGACAGCCCUGGUGCCCACGGGACUGCUCCUGCGCCCCCAAACCCCCGCAGCCGGGCAGGGGACACCGCACAGCUCCCUGUCCCCGCGCUGGGACAGGGCCGCACCGUCCCGGGUACCGGGAGCAUCCCCCAGCACUGAGGGGCAGGGAGGGGGCUGGUUUGGGGUUGUUUUGUUGUCUUUAAUUUCUACCUUCCCUUUUGGUUUUGGAACCUCGAAGCCCCCAGCCUCCUGCGUCUCCCGCCCCUAAAGGUUUCAUUGCUUCAGCUCCAGGGGCUCUGGGCGGGGAGCCCAGUAGGUUGCACAGGAGUUAGUGGACUUGUCUGGAAUGAGAUCUUGAACUAAUAAAUGGGAAUUGUACAGGA